UAGACCCUGCUAUGCUAUUUUUCCUCUGGUAGAAUCUUAAGUAAGUUGCUCCCGUUCGCUUCACACAAACUUUUACUCACAAUGGCUAGAGAAAAUUGUGCCCAGAGAGCCCAGCGGGGUAAAUGCCUACUGAUUGUGACUGCAGUGAUACUGCUUUCUGUCAUCGUGCUGACUACCACCUUGCUUAUCUUCAAGAAGGAAAAGGCAGAACUGCAAAAGUGGCAGGGCAGAGGAACCACAGAAAACUUACAAGAAAUCAUCCUGGGAAGGUGUUUCAACUUCAUCAGAACGGUAAACCCGGACCAACAAAGAGAUAUAGACUGUGUGAGGAUUUGGAAAACAUUUAAAAAUGGAUUUAUUCAGAAGAACCCAUGCGAGAUCACAGUAAAAGAUUAUCAGCCACUAAUGGAGUUAGCAGCUCAUUCUGCUAACAAGGUGCCAUGCAACAAGACCCUUCUCUGGAGUAAGAGUUAUGACCUUGCUCAUCGGUUCGCAAAAGCCCAGCGUGACUUCUUCACCCUGGAGGAUACCCUCCUUGGCUACAUUGCUGAUGGUAUCACAUGGUGUGGGAAUUCUGAGAGCUCAGAAGUGAACUACCAGUCUUGUCCACAGUGGAACGAAUGUACCAAUAGUCCAGAGAGUGUAUACUGGAAAACAGCAUCUAAAAUGUUUGCAGAAGCAGCCUGUGGUGUGGUUCACGUAAUGCUCAAUGGAUCCCUAGGUAGAGACGCCUUUAAAAACAACAGCAUCUUUGGAAGUGUCGAAGCUUUGCAUUUGGAUCCAAAGAAGGUUCACUCAGUGCAAAUUUGGGUGAUGCAUAACAUCGGGGGACCUGCCAAUGAUUCAUGCAAAGGUUCUUCUGUAAAUUACUUGAAAUCAAUUUUGGAAAAGAGAAACAUCAAGUCCUUCUGUGAAGAUAACUACAGACCUGUUAAGUUCAUUCAAUGUGCAGAAAAUCCUGAUCAUAGAGACUGCAGGUUCUGUGAAGGACAACCAGUGAGUGAGAGACGCUACUAUUCUUCCAAGUUUUCCCGUCAACUUCAAAGCUUCCACAGCUUUAAAUGACACAUCUAUACCAGAGCACACACCUAAAGAGAAGAAACUGGUAAUGACAUGUUCAGAAUAUGAGUCGCCUAGUCUAUCUUAAACACAAUGUUCUAUUACCUUCACAUUUAAAAAAAAAUGUUUCAGAGUAAUUGUUAGAUCAAAUCCAAUAUAGUUAUACCGAAUAAUAUAUUCACUUUGAUUUGUUUUUAUACUUGCUUGUGUAUGUUAGAAACAGAGACUUAUAAAGUUACUUUAGGCAAGUUUAAAAAGCUUGCUUUAAAAGCCUGUUUAUGUAUUUCUCAAGGAGUCAAGUAAAUAAAAAUGAGUUGAAGUCAAA